CUUACGGCUUCGCUCUGAAGGAUUAAGGAGAUAGCAUUUUCUCACGGUGAUCUCCCUUGCCAUACCUAGCAACCGCUCAAACAAACCUCGCUGACGUGUCACAUGACACGGAGAAAGAAACAGCUGAUAGGGGUUUCCUCGCAAGAUGGCGCACGGUCGGGGAAACCCUGCACAAGGUGAAGCACACAACUCCACGAUGAGUCAUUCGCCCUUCAUUGAUCGAGAGCCCCUCUCUCGCUCUCUCUCUUGUCGGAAGUCCCAACCAGCCACGGUGCGCGAGUGACGCGAUAGCCCAGAUCUAGUUCAUUCACACACCACCCCGCCACAGGAUUGGCUGCGUCUCUCACGGCCGUCUGCCAGUCCUAAUUUUUGAUUCGUUGGAAAUAUUUCGCCUCUCGCGGAAAGGGGAGUCACGGCGAGGCCUACAAUCCGUGUACACAUCGACGCGCGGCAAACACACAGACACGCACACAAAAAAAGCGAACAGGUGUUUUUAGGUCGCGGGAGGGUUAGUCAUCCUCAAAAUUAUCGUGGCGUUUCACGGGGAGUAGCCUAGGAAAGUUAUAGAUCCUGCGUGAGGGACGUCGAGACUAGUUGCGCUGUCGGCUGCCAAACGGAGAAGAUGUGUAGUGCUCGUGUGUGUGUGGAUCUCGAAGCGAGCAGCAGCUGACGGCUACUAUUGUAAUUGUUCGACGUGAAGUGUGACACAUUUGUAUGGACCUACUUGUGUGUGUGUGUUACAUUUCUAUAUAUUCACUUACUAUACAUACGAGGAUAGUAUCCUGUAUUUAUGAACUUUGUUUUUGUGAAGUUACAUGUGCCAAAUAUUUUCUUUUCUGACUCAGGUUUGUAAAUUUAUAUAAGUGAUUCACGAACAGUCAAACGGUGUGUGUGAAAUCGCAGUUACUGAGACUGAGUCAUUCCUCUCGGAGAUACACUUCACAGCGAUUUAUCUCACCAGUCAAGGCUUCCGUCAUCGCGGUAAGGUAUUGUGACUGUUGGAUUUUAUUCAGUCUUCGAAUAAACCUACCUAGAGCUUGAUCUAGAAUACAAUACUCCGUGGAUAUAGCCUACCACAAGUACUGAGAUACUGACCGUUGUAAUGAUGACGGUCAUCUGACUCGCUAUGGCAUUGGUCUUUUCACGCCCACCGAGAGAAUUUUCCUCAUCCCUUUUCAUCAUCCAUGAGUUCGUGACUCAUACCCCAGUCCAAGUCGAAGGCACGCUGGCCAGGGCAAGAGAGAACAGGGCCUGAUGGUUAUGGUCAAGUGCGCUGACCUGCCGACGUGUGUGAGAGUGAGUUCCGCGCAGCGUGUCCCAGAGCAAGUCGGCUCCGAGCCAGAAGAUCAAACAGCUGAGAGUGGUCACGUGAACGCCGCCGCAACUGCAGCAACGACUACAACAACUGUUGGGUCUACUACCAUUGCCACAGGGUUGUCAGUCUCUUCCUUAGAAGCCAUUAGAACAGCUAUCGACGAUAUUGUCAAUAGCAACACCAACUGUAACGCCAACGACAACAGCCACUACAAUAACCAGAGCCGCGAUAAUAACUAUACCAAUAACACUAAUAAUAACGACAACUUCUCAACGUCCGAAGACAUCAUCAAUAGUUUGAGUGUGUGCUGUGUCGACAGCUACACCACCACCACCACCACCACCGCCACCACCACCACCGCCACCACCGACGACAACAACAGCCACAACAGCAACUUCAACAACAACCAGGCUCACGCCUCGGUUGAGAACAAGCUGGCUGCCCACCCCCAGCUGCUCCCGAUGCCAGAAGCUGGGGACGUCUCGGUGCUGGCGCCCCUGCACCCGGCCACGCCCCUCCACCCGGCCACACCCCUCCACCCAGCAGCAGGCAAACUGGCCGCCAGCGCUACCUGGAACGCCCGGCGACACCUGAAGCUCAACCUGAACAUCGCCACCCAGUGCCACCACAACGCGGGCUUUUCUUACAGCUCUUCCAACCUCAGCGGAAGGGUCAUCUCCUCAGCCCCAGCUUCAUCCUCGUCAUCACAAGCAUCCUCACCGUGUUGCCCGAACAGACCUUCUCACCUCUGUGUGGGCGUCUUGGUAGAGGAGGCUCACAUGAGCUCCAAAAAGUCAAAAUUGGAUUUUUGUCCGUUGCCGUUUUCUACACCGGCGUCUGCGUUGCCUGGCAACCCAAACCAUUUCAAUAUCUGUCAGCCACAUACUCGGUGUCACCAACACGUUCACAAUCGUCUCUCCAAAAGUGGAUCUAGUUCGCCGACCGGGAGUUCAGUCCAUCCCUCGGAUGUCUUACAUUUCUCUCAAACCUUAGCAUCCUCAUCCUCAGCAUCUCUCUCAUUCUCCAGCAAUAACUACAACAACAGCAGCAACAACCACGCCAACAACACCAUAUCCAACAACCUCCUCCACCACCACAACAACCACCACUUCAACAACCACCACCACAACAACAGCAGCAGCAACAACAAAAACACCAACAACGGCCAGCCAGCUACCUCCCCCACCACGGCGUUCAUCAACAACACCAGGGUGUCCCCUCUGUCCAGUCCUGUGGUCAGCAACUGCGGCUGUGGUAUCGUGUGUAGCGCCCUCACAGGCUGCUCCUCCUCACCGUCCGCCUCCCCCACAGCCAACAACUCACAGAGAGCUAAGUUACGGUCCAUCACGGCAGACGAACUCGCUUUCAGCAUGGGCAAAACACGCCCAAUGUUUCUCAUAGACGUCCGUAGCUCAAAUUCCUACCACCGUAACCACAUCCAGGGUGCUGUCAACCUCUGCUGCACGGACCGCUUCAACCGACGCCGGAUUCAGACAGGGAAAAGCUCUGUCUUUGACAUCCUGGGACUAAAAGACCUCACGUCCUCCUCAUCGACUGUGGUCACGUCGUCGUCGCCUGCGUCCAAGAGAAAGGCUUCGUCAUCGCCACAGUCGUCAUCAUCGCGUGGAGGUAUGGACGUGGUGGUGUACGAUGACCACUCGUGUCUGCGCGACCUGGCCGAGCCCGGGGUGGCCUCACAGAACCAGGAGAACGCCCUGUGCACCGUGCUCUCCUCGCUACUCAGGGAGGGCCGGGACGUUCAUGUGCUGGAAGGCGGUUUGAAAAGCUUCAGCAUCGAGCACGAGGAGUUGUGCCGGCCCAGUUCCCGGGUAUUGGAGGCCCAGAGGCCCCUGCUGUACAGCCCCACCAACGGCGUGCAGGAACCAGAGAUAGAGGCUGCAACGGCCUCGCAAGUUCUUCCUUUUCUCUACCUCGAUGAUGCCCGCCAAAACAACGCCAAAGUCCUCAUCCACUGCCACGCCGGCGUAUCUCGCUCGGCCACCAUCACCAUCGCCUACCUGCUCAAGCACACGCGCAUGGCAAUGGCGGACGCCUACAAGUUCGUCAAAGGCAAGCGCUCCAUCAUCUCGCCAAACUUCAACUUCAUGGGCCAGCUGCUCGAGUUUGAGCAGGACCUGAACGAGGGAGCCACGCCGCGGAUUCUCCAGCCGCGUUUGCAAGGCAUCGAGAGCAGCGUUUGAUUGUGGGUGGACAAACUCACCACCCCUUUCGUGAAUUUGACACAUAUCUAUAUAUUAUCUAUCCAUGGCAGCUGCCAGACUGACGAUAAACGACGUACCCUGUGAUGGACACACCCCGUGGUAUUUUUAAAAAUAUAUUCCCGGGUACAAUCAAAUGUCAAUGGACACAUACACACAUACACACACACACAUAUUUCAAUGGACACACACAUACACACACACACACACACACA